UCCUGCUUGUCCCUCUUUGUCCGGUGGCGACUGAAGGCCAUGAUAAUUAUGGCAAAAAUUUGCGUUUUUGAAUGAAUUAUAGUUGACUGGGUGGAUCAACAAGCAUACACCGAGUGAGGACUGGUUUGCUGGCAAUGACACACCAGAGAGUUUCAAUUUAAAGGACAGCAGAGCAAGCAACGGAGAAAGGGUACAGUUUGUUUCCAAGACAAAGUCUGCAAGAUGGCUAGCUAUCUUCAGUGGCAUGCUAACGUUAGCUAGCCAAGCUAAUGUUAGCAUAGUAAACAACAGUUUCUUAUAACAAAAAAAACGUGAUCGGUUUGCUUUUCCUCAUACAUGCUGUGACAAGUAAAAAACAUUGAGUGCACCUUUUUCUGAAUUGAUUGUGGGAUGAUAAAGCAGAGUUUGUUGUAUAUCCAGUGGUGAAAUCUCAGCGCUGCUAAGCUAGCCACAUUGAGUAACGUGGCUAGCCAGUUAGCAGAGGUAGUAACUAGCUCGCGUUAGCUAGCUGGUCGAGAGUACCCCGCUAACGUUACACAUCUGUAAGUGAUCAUUUUUUUAAGAAAAGGGAGGGAGGGAGGUGGUCUGUAAUUUGCUUGAAUUGGCAGUCAAGCCAGGUAGCAAGCGACCAGUUUCAACCCAGUCAGCAGAAACUGGUUUGCAACAGGACGAACUUGUGCUAAGUUAACGUGAACCAGCUCAGUUUUUUACCUGACGUUUUUAUUUGGUGACCAAAUCCCGGCGUGACAGACACCGUGGCGAGAGAUUUUAUGCAGCUGGAAAGGAGAGUUUGCAGACCUGGGCCGGUUGAUAUAUACCAUAAUAUAAUAUAGUUGCUGCUGUGAUGAUCAUUUAGCGUGUUGACAUGACCUGAAGGCAGAUUUCCACCUACGCGGCUCAAAGCCUUCAAGACGUCGUCAUUUUUAACUUUUUUUUUCUUGCAUAUGAACGGUGAUAUGCCACUUCACCGACAGUCAUAUUAGCUAAUGGCUGCCGAAUCGGGGAGACUACUGGCGGGACAAGGAAAACGAAGCAAAGCUUCACAGAUGAAGAGCCCGGAGAAGAAGAAGGCGAGGAAAUCCACGACACAGGCGGCAGGGUUCUCCCAUCUCACCGAGUUUGCACCCCCUCCGACCCCCAUGGUGGACCACCUGGUCGCUUCCAACCCUUUCGACGAUGACUUUGGGCCCCCAUCUCGACCCAGCGGGACAGGUGGACCAGGUGGUGCUCCAUUUCUUCCAAGUCCAGGUGCAGGUGGAGGAGGUGGGUAUGGAGGCGGCAGAAUGGGCGUAGGCAUGGGCUUCAUGGGAGGCCCGGGAGGACCAGGAGGCGGCCAGCCUGUGCGGAGGCCACCAUUUGGCCCUCCAGCUAAUGCCGGACCUCAUCAUCAGCUCGGCUUUGGAGGAAUGCCCGGCUUUGGAGGGGGCGGUGGGAGUGGCAGUGGAGGAGGAGGAGGAGGUGGUGGUGGAUUCCCCCCUGGUGGCCCUUCUCAGUUCCAAAUGGUACCAAACUUCAGUCCACCCAUGCAGCCCGGGCCAGGAUUCAACUCCAUGUUGUCUCCAGGAAGUAUGGUAGGUCCUGGAGGAGGGGGCCCACCCCACCCUAGAUUUGGUAUGCCUCCACAGCAGCAGCACGGACAAGGUGGACACCCAUUCAACAGCCCCCCAUUACCUGGUGGUGGAGGUCCCAGAGGCCCCCCACAUGGCCCUAUGCCUCCCAUGGGUGGCAUGGGGCCUGGUCCAGGGAUGAACAUGAUGAGUGGCAUGGGUGGUGGCCCCGGAGGCAACAUGGUGGGUGGGUUGCCAGGUAUGCCACCUCAAGGACAAUUCCCACCCUCACAGGAUGGCCCCUAUCCUGGCCCCAGUCCGCCAGGACCAGGCAACGAGGAUGGAAAAAACUUUGGGGGAGGGGGGCCACCACCUGGGCCUCAGCAGCAGCAACAGCAGCAGCAGCAACAGCUUAACCUAAAUCCCAGUGGCCCCCCUCCUAAUAAUACCACUCCUGGCCCUCCUCCUAACUCUGGUCCUCCACAGCCUGGCGGAGGCUUCCCUGGCCACCCUGACGUCCAACAGCCCAAUGCCAACACACCUGGUCAGCCUCCCUCAGCACCGCCACAGCAUAACCCCAACUCCUCUCCAACUGGUCCCCUAAAUGGAUCAGGCCAGCCCCAACACCCACCACCCAAUCAGCUGCAGCCCCCCAGCAAUUCAAACACCCCCAACUCUAACAACUCUACACAGCAGCAGCAACAAUCCACUCCACCUAACUCCGCCCCUGGCCCCACCCCUCACAGCCAACAGAACAACACUCCCGGUGCUGGUGGUCCCAUGUCAAACGCUGCUCCCAAUUCAGGUCAGAACAACAUGACCAACAACAACGGAGGCAACACUCCUGGCAGCAACCCCAACCCCCCUUCUAACUCCACCUCGACCCCAAACACCCAGUCUCCACUGCCCCCUGGCCCCGCUGCCCCCUCGACCGGGCCUGGUACUGGCCCUGGAAAACCAGGGGGCCCGGGGAUGGUAUUUCCUUGCGGUCUCUGCAUGGCAGAGGUGCACGACGACCAGGACGCCAUCUUGUGCGAGGCGUCUUGCCAACGCUGGUUCCACCGUGACUGCACUGGCCUGACAGAGCCAGCAUACGGCCUGCUGACUCGAGAGAGCGCUGCUGUUUGGGCCUGUGACUUCUGCAUCAAGACCAAGGACAUCCAGGCUGUGUUUGUGCGCCAGGGAUUAGGCCAGCUGGUGGCAGCUAAUGAGAGUUGAGGAGUGGAUGACAGAGAAGCAGCAGCGCAGAGGUGCGACGCGUAAGGACAAAUAGAGACAUUCUUUGCUCUAAUCUAACUGAGUGACCUGUGUGUCAUGCCAGCUACUUGCCCAACUUUCUCUUGACUAGCCCUUUACUCGUUCACUACACCGAGAAACACACUCAUUGACGUUCAUGCUUAUAUAUAGCACUUUGAGUGACUCUAGGCAAACAACCCCCCCUCAUAUGAAUCAUAAUGAAUGUUAUAAUUGACAAAGUCCCUCAGACAUCUAGCCUGCCAACCAGCAAAGCACUGACACCAACACUCUACCUCACACACUUUGUGACUGACUGGCACGGAUGCUCCCGCACUGACUGACUGAGAUUGACUCGCCCCACUCAUGCACUACAUGAGUGUGAUGAUAUUUCAAACACACAUGCACACACACGUUAGGCGGGUAAAUUAAUCACUGUAAAGUUAAGUUGUCCCCCUAAUUGAUCAAAUGACUGAAAGUAUCAAUGUUUUUCUCAAAUUGUCACAGCUAUAAAUUAAAACUGCCAUGAAAUAUCACAUUUUGAAAACUGAAAAAAAUAGUUGUAAGAGUGCCUGAACUUCUAAAGGGCCUUUUGAUUUUAUUCAUCAGUUAAUUCAUGGCUUUAUAUGUCAUCAAAAUGCUCCAUUCUAGCACUGCCCACUCACAUUUUCAGCCUUUUUACUGCAAGAAAGUUUAAAAAAAAAAAUCAGUAUAUUGCAGUGUAAAAUCUCAGUAGCAAGUGUAUUGUGAGACAUGAAUAUAAAUUUGGGGGGGGGGGGGGGAAUCUAUUUUUAAGGUCUUUUGACUAUUCCUGCACAUGCAUACAUACACACAGCUUGACCCUGUAUUUCUUUUAUCUGUCAUUUUGUACCCAGUGCUGAUUAAUCCAAAGGAGAUCCGGGUUGAGUUUUCAUUCACACCUCACAGAGGAUUUUACCACCGAAAUAAUUGUAAAUAUUAGGACAAAAAUAUUUGUCUGGAACUCCCGUCAGUUGUGAACACGCUGCAGAGUCGACCAAUGAACAAAAUAAUGAGUUGAACGUAAUUGUCUUGGUUGUAUACAGUAUGACGUUUUGGUUUUUCUACAGUUCAUUUGAGUACUAUUUCUUUUUAUCUCUGCAGUAUACAUGGAUUGUGAAAUCAGUGCUUUUGGAUGGUGUUGGCAUAGCAAGUAGUGACAUCAUGUCAUAUCAGAUGUGCAUAGUCCUUUUUCUUAAAAAGAGGGGAGAGGGGUGCAUGUGAACCAAUGCAGUAACUGUCUGAUCUGUUUAUGUUUAUAUUCUGGCCUCUGCGCUGCUGGAGGCCUUGAAAUAGACCAAAUAACUAAAGAGCGGAAAAUACCCAUUUUUCACAUUUCUGUCACAGUAUAAGGUGUUUAUAACUAUUCUUCCUCUCUCUCUCUCUCUCUGUCUCUCUCUCUGUCUCUCUCUCUGUCUCUGUCUCUGUCUCUGUCUCUCUAUCUCUCCUUAUUUUUCUUUAUUCAAUGUCCGAGUUGCCUUUCUUUUAACUUACUCUCAGCUGUUCCUUUAUUAUUUUGUACUGGUAUUUGUGCUGUGCUCUUGCUCUGGUGCCUCCUGGUGGAACCUGGAGGAACCAUUGAGUCCCACAGAGGGUGGGGAAGGGAAAGGUACUGAAUUCUGAAGUAAAGACAGAUUUUUUUUGUACUUGUCCAUGUCUGUUUUUAUUCAUUUUUUUAAACAAUUUGUUUGCUAAUCGUUGUAUUAAAAUGAGGGUUGGAAAACCCAGUAAAACAGA